GAACUAGAACAACGCACUGGCAGCUUGGGAAAAAACAAGGUGUUUGCCUGCUUUAUCAACCGAGCGUACGCCAUUUUACUUACAAAAGGUUUGCACUAUCGUUCGUCAACAAUGUAAAGCGGAUGGUGAAAUGUUUGUUCGAUUUUUCCAGUGUUUGUGAUAUGUGUGUGGUGUUUUAUACCCAGGAUAAAAUACUAGGAUAAUGGAGGAACCCAACGAGGACCCUAGGGUCGUUCCCGAACUCUACUUUCUGAUAGCGAAAUUUCUUUCGGGCGGUCCGCUGAGGGAAACUGCAAAGACAUUGUUGAAAGAGCUCGAGAGCGUAGAGGUCCUACCCCGCCGCCUUGACUGGCAGGGCGAAGAGCACUCCCAGUCGUACAAUGAAUUGGCAGCACAGUACAGAGACGUGCCAUGGCACCGUCUGGCAGCAGUAUGCGCGAGCGCAUUGCGUCUCGCUCCCUCGCCUUCGACGAGCUCGCUCCCUCUCGCUCCCUCGCCUUCGACGAGCUUGCUCCCUCUCGCUCCCGCUUCAUCGCUGCGCAUGCGACUCUCGCUGCUCGGAGACGCGUUGGUUCGGACCAGACCGAAAUAUUCAGCGUUCAAGAAGGACCAUACGCUCGCCCGCCGUUUGCUCUCCCGUGAGCUUGGAGGCAUCAUCGGAGGCCGAGCGACCGCUCCCCGGGCGCCGGCGGCGCAGCUCCUGCCACCAAGGCUGCUUGGAGGCCUACAGUUAAGACGGAGGACCCUGGGACAUCUGUCUGCUGUCUAUUGUCUGGCGUUUGACUGCUCCGGUCGAUAUGUUGUGACGGGCGCCGACGAUCUUCUAGUAAAAGUAUGGAGCGCGUACGACGGGCGGCUCGUCGCGACGCUUCGCGGCGCCGGCGCCGAGAUCACCGACGUGUGUCUGUCCCGCGACGGAGCCCUACUGGCGUGCGGGAGCGUCGACAGACUUGUGCGGGUGUGGUGCCUCGCUACUGGCGCUCCGCUAGCUGUCCUACACGCGCAUGCUGGAACCAUUACGUCUGUCCACUGGUCGCCCUGGGCGCGCGGCGACGUCCGCUGGCUCGCGUCCACGUCCACCGACGGCUCAGUGGCCUUCUGGACAUGUUCCCGCGACGGCCAGUUCCUGUCCCAGCCUGUUCAGUACAUGGAGAGGAUGCGACCAGGCGCCUGCCACAUGAUAUGUGCUGCCUGGUCUGCCGGAGGAGCGUUCUUAGCUGCAGGGUCGCAGGAUCAUCACGUCAGGGUGUACAUGGUCGACGGCGAAGGCGGCGGGCCCCGCAGAGUCCUCGAAACGGCCGUCCACACGGAGGCGGUGGACAGUAUAGCCUGGGCGCACCGCGGGCUGCGCUUCGUGUCGGGCUCCAAGGACGGCGCCGCCUGCGUGUGGGCGCUGCACGCCUCCGCCUGGCGCCACACGGUGUUAUACUGUGCCAGUCUAGAUGACGCAGGCAAGGAUGACGGCAAGAAAUUAAAGGUUACAAUGGUAUGCUGGGACCUAAGCGAUGCUUACAUCAUUACUGCUGUCUCCGACUGCUCCAUUCGAGUGUGGUGUUCCCGUACGUGCGGCAUGGUGCGAGUCCUAAGAGGCCACAAGGACGAGGCCUAUGUACUGGAGGCCCAUCCGUUAUUACCCGGGGUUCUGCUGUCCGCGGGCCACGACGGCCAGCUGUUCAUAUGGGACGCUAGCACUGGCGAGAUCCUGGCUUCAUUCCUGAACAAAAUCGAAGGGCAAGGGGAAGGCGCGAUCUUCGAUGCGAAAUGGGGCGGCGGCUGCGCCCUGGCCGCCGCAGACGCCCACGGACACCUCCUGCUGCUGUCAGUGGCCUCGGGACCGAAGCUGAUGUCCAAACUGCCCCCGGAGCUGUUCUUCCACACGGACUAUCGGCCUCUGUUGAGAGACGCUACUGGCACAGCCCUUGAUGAGCAGACCGAGAUCCCCCCACACCUGAUGCCUCCCCCCUUCCUGGUGGACGUGGAGGGCGCGCCGCACCCGCCGGAGUACCAGCGCCUCGUGCCGGGCCGCGAGAACCUGGCGCUCGACCAGCUCAUCCCCCUCGCCGACGCCAGGAGCCGCAUCGACGUCAUGAUUGAGGCUUUAGCGGCCGAGCGGACUCCCGGCCUCGUCAACGGCCUCGGCUUCGGCGGGGGCGGCGUGUGGCGCAACGAGGGCGUCCGGCACACGGCGGGCUCGUGGCAGCGGGACGUGCCCGUGCCGCCCUCCUCCCGCCCGCUCGUGGCGCCCCCGCCCCCCGCCGUCACCGCGCUGCAGCACCAGCAGGGCGGGACGUGCCCGUGCCGCCCUCCUCCCGCCCGCUCGUGGCGCCCCCGCCCCCCGCCGUCACCGCGCUGCAGCACCAGCAGGGGUGAGUACACAGUACACCACACGGCCGGCACACGGCGGGCUCGUGGCAGCGGGACGUGCCCGUGCCGCCCUCCUCCCGCCCGCUCGUGGCGCCCCCGCCCCCCGCCGUCACCGCGCUGCAGCACCAGCAGGGGUGAGUACACAGUACACCACACGGCCGGCACACGGCGGGCUCGUGGCAGCGGGACGUGCCCGUGCCGCCCUCCUCCCGCCCGCUCGUGGCGCCCCCGCCCCCCGCCGUCACCGCGCUGCAGCACCAGCAGGGGUGAGUACACAGUACACCACACGGCCGGCACACGGCGGGCUCGUGGCAGCGGGACGUGCCCGUGCCGCCCUCCUCCCGCCCGCUCGUGGCGCCCCCGCCCCCCGCCGUCACCGCGCUGCAGCACCAGCAGGGGUGAGUACACAGUACACCACACGGCCGGCACACGGCGGGCUCGUGGCAGCGGGACGUGCCCGUGCCGCCCUCCUCCCGCCCGCUCGUGGCGCCCCCGCCCCCCGCCGUCACCGCGCUGCAGCACCAGCAGGGGUGAGUACACAGUACACCACACGGCCGGCACACGGCGGGCUCGUGGCAGCGGGACGUGCCCGUGCCGCCCUCCUCCCGCCCGCUCGUGGCGCCCCCGCCCCCCGCCGUCACCGCGCUGCAGCACCAGCAGGGGUGAGUACACAGUACACCACACGGCCGGCACACGGCGGGCUCGUGGCAGCGGGACGUGCCCGUGCCGCCCUCCUCCCGCCCGCUCGUGGCGCCCCCGCCCCCCGCCGUCACCGCGCUGCAGCACCAGCAGGGGUGAGUACACAGUACACCACACGGCCGGCACACGGCGGGCUCGUGGCAGCGGGACGUGCCCGUGCCGCCCUCCUCCCGCCCGCUCGUGGCGCCCCCGCCCCCCGCCGUCACCGCGCUGCAGCACCAGCAGGGGUGAGUACACAGUACACCACACGGCCGGCACACGGCGGGCUCGUGGCAGCGGGACGUGCCCGUGCCGCCCUCCUCCCGCCCGCUCGUGGCGCCCCCGCCCCCCGCCGUCACCGCGCUGCAGCACCAGCAGGGGUGAGUACACAGUACACCACACGGCCGGCACACGGCGGGCUUGUGGCAGCGGGACGUGCCCGUGCCGCCCUCCUCCCGCCCGCUCGUGGCGCCCCCGCCCCCCGCCGUCACCGCGCUGCAGCACCAGCAGGGGUGAGUACACAGUACACCACACGGCCGGCACACGGCGGGCUUGUGGCAGCGGGACGUGCCCGUGCCGCCCUCCUCCCGCCCGCUCGUGGCGCCCCCGCCCCCCGCCGUCACCGCGCUGCAGCACCAGCAGGGGUGAGUACACAGUACACCACACGGCCGGCACACGGCGGGCUUGUGGCAGCGGGACGUGCCCGUGCCGCCCUCCUCCCGCCCGCUCGUGGCGCCCCCGCCCCCCGCCGUCACCGCGCUGCAGCACCAGCAGGGGUGAGUACACAGUACACCACACGGCCGGCACACGGCGGGCUCGUGGCAGCGGGACGUGCCCGUGCCGCCCUCCUCCCGCCCGCUCGUGGCGCCCCCGCCCCCCGCCGUCACCGCGCUGCAGCACCAGCAGGGGUGAGUACACAGUACACCACACGGCCGGCACACGGCGGGCUCGUGGCAGCGGGACGUGCCCGUGCCGCCCUCCUCCCGCCCGCUCGUGGCGCCCCCGCCCCCCGCCGUCACCGCGCUGCAGCACCAGCAGGGGUGAGUACACAGUACACCACACGGCCGGCACACGGCGGGCUCGUGGCAGCGGGACGUGCCCGUGCCGCCCUCCUCCCGCCCGCUCGUGGCGCCCCCGCCCCCCGCCGUCACCGCGCUGCAGCACCAGCAGGGGUGAGUACACAGUACACCACACGGCCGGCACACGGCGGGCUCGUGGCAGCGGGACGUGCCCGUGCCGCCCUCCUCCCGCCCGCUCGUGGCGCCCCCGCCCCCCGCCGUCACCGCGCUGCAGCACCAGCAGGGGUGAGUACACAGUACACCACACGGCCGGCACACGGCGGGCUCGUGGCAGCGGGACGUGCCCGUGCCGCCCUCCUCCCGCCCGCUCGUGGCGCCCCCGCCCCCCGCCGUCACCGCGCUGCAGCACCAGCAGGGGUGAGUACACAGUACACCACACGGCCGGCACACGGCGGGCUCGUGGCAGCGGGACGUGCCCGUGCCGCCCUCCUCCCGCCCGCUCGUGGCGCCCCCGCCCCCCGCCGUCACCGCGCUGCAGCACCAGCAGGGGUGAGUACACAGUACACCACACGGCCGGCACACGGCGGGCUCGUGGCAGCGGGACGUGCCCGUGCCGCCCUCCUCCCGCCCGCUCGUGGCGCCCCCGCCCCCCGCCGUCACCGCGCUGCAGCACCAGCAGGGGUGAGUACACAGUACACCACACGGCCGGCACACGGCGGGCUCGUGGCAGCGGGACGUGCCCGUGCCGCCCUCCUCCCGCCCGCUCGUGGCGCCCCCGCCCCCCGCCGUCACCGCGCUGCAGCACCAGCAGGGGUGAGUACACAGUACACCACACGGCCGGCACACGGCGGGCUCGUGGCAGCGGGACGUGCCCGUGCCGCCCUCCUCCCGCCCGCUCGUGGCGCCCCCGCCCCCCGCCGUCACCGCGCUGCAGCACCAGCAGGGGUGAGUACACAGUACACCACACGGCCGGCACACGGCGGGCUCGUGGCAGCGGGACGUGCCCGUGCCGCCCUCCUCCCGCCCGCUCGUGGCGCCCCCGCCCCCCGCCGUCACCGCGCUGCAGCACCAGCAGGGGUGAGUACACAGUACACCACACGGCCGGCACACGGCGGGCUCGUGGCAGCGGGACGUGCCCGUGCCGCCCUCCUCCCGCCCGCUCGUGGCGCCCCCGCCCCCCGCCGUCACCGCGCUGCAGCACCAGCAGGGGUGAGUACACAGUACACCACACGGCCGGCACACGGCGGGCUCGUGGCAGCGGGACGUGCCCGUGCCGCCCUCCUCCCGCCCGCUCGUGGCGCCCCCGCCCCCCGCCGUCACCGCGCUGCAGCACCAGCAGGGGUGAGUACACAGUACACCACACGGCCGGCACACGGCGGGCUCGUGGCAGCGGGACGUGCCCGUGCCGCCCUCCUCCCGCCCGCUCGUGGCGCCCCCGCCCCCCGCCGUCACCGCGCUGCAGCACCAGCAGGGGUGAGUACACACGGGACGUGCCCGUGCCGCCCUCCUCCCGCCCGCUCGUGGCGCCCCCGCCCCCCGCCGUCACCGCGCUGCAGCACCAGCAGGGGUCGGCGAUGAACGCGUUCGAGCUGGCGUGGUACCGGCGGGAGAUGCGGCGGCGCCCCAUCAUGAUCAGCACGGCGCCCGAGCCGCAGCGGCGCCGCGCGCGCGCCCGCCCCAGGCCCCAGCCACGCCCCAGACCGCAGGCGCAGCCGGUCCGUCGAGUUGUGGAAGAGCCGUCGGCGCUGGAAGUGGUCAGCUCGGACAAUGACACCUCCGACGAGUCCGUGCGGCUGUCCCGCUCGCACUCGCGCUCCUCUCGCUCGCGAUCUCACUCGCGCUCGAGCCGGUCCUCCUUGGAUCUCACCGACUCUAGUUCACAUUCCGGUACCAAAAGUGGCAAUUCUUCGUCAGCAUAUUCAGACUGGGAGGCGGGCGCUGCUUUGGCGCCGCCCACCCGCGCUCGGCGACGCCCCGUGGCUGCUAGACGAUACAGUCCCAGCGUGUCAGCUCCGAAGCGCCCGGCGGCCGCUAACGGCGCCGCCGCGUCCGGCUCCGGGUCCGGCGCGGCGCCGGCGGAGUUGCCGGAACUGUACCGGCCCGGGGAGUGGCUCACGGCCGUGUCGCCGCGCAAGGCGCCCUACCACCCGCAGAUGGGUGACGCCGUCGUGUACUUCAGGAUGGGUCAUCAAAAAUAUAUGGAAGCCGUGUCAGAAAAGGACUUGUACCCGGUGUCGCCACGGGACAGGCCGUGGGAAAACGUUCAUGUCUACGACUGCGAAGCGGCUAAAGUCGUGGGCAUCAAAUACGCCAUCAAGCCGCCGCGUGUGGCGUGCGUGCGGCUGGCGUGUUCGCUACCCCGCCCUGCCGGCAGUUCCACGGCGACCGGCGGCGGCAGUAUUGUGGUCGUGUACCAUGACAUGCCGGAUGUCAUCGACUUCCUCGUGCUGCGACAGCAGUAUAGCGCGGGCUGCGCGCGCGGAUGGACUCAGGGCGAUCGGUUCCGCUGCAUGAUCGACGACUCGUGGUGGACGGGCGUGGUGCUGGAGAACACGUCCGGCUCGUCCGGCGACGGCGGCGCGGUGCCGGACGCGCCGGACGAGCCGGACGCGGCGGCGCGCUGGGCGCGGGCCGCCGCCGCCAACUUCCUGUCGCUCAAAGUGCGUUGGGACAACGGCGAAGUGGAGCGGCUGUCGCCGUGGGACCUCGAGCCCAUGGACCCGGAGAGAUUACCAUCAGCGCCCGGCGGUGCCGUACCAGUGUUGCCUCACGAGCUAGAAGCAGUCUUAUACAAAGCUGAAGCGAGCGAGUGGCCGCCGCGAGGCGACCGGGCGGCCGCGUGCCGCGCUAUAGCCCAUCAUCUCAACCUGGUGAUGUCCCUAUCCGCGGCGGAACCCUUCGUAGCGCCGGUGGAUCUUCAGUUGUACCCCACUUACGCGCUGGUCGUGCCAUACCCCAUCGAUCUCAGCACCAUUCGUUCUAGGUUCGACCACUUGUUCUAUCGGCGAGCUGCGGCCGCGCAAUUCGACGUACGCUAUCUAGCGAGCAACGCGGAGCGUUUCAACGAACCACAUUCGCCCAUCGUCCGCCAGGCACGGCUUAUCACAGACUUACUGCUCUAUAUUAUCAGCCACUGGCGCGAAGUAGAUGUGGUGGCGAAGUACCAUGAGCUGGCCGCCGCCUAUCGCUCCGAGGAUGACGAACCUGCGCCCAGUCAGCCCACUAAGUCUCGUCGCGCCCGGGGCCGCGCCGGCUCCACCUCGUGGCGCGCGGCGUGCACCCGCGUGCUGCAGGAGCUGACGGGCUCCAGCGACGCCGGGCCCUUCCGCGAGCCCGUGUCGCUAGAACAAGUCCCAGAUUACCUAAGCAUAGUGAAGAACCCCAUGGACCUGGGCACCAUAUCACAAAAGCUAGCUGCCUGCCGCUACUCCCGCCCGGCACAAGUGCACCGCGACCUCGCGCUCGUGUUCCACAACAGCAGGCUGUACAACACCAACAAGCGCAGUCGGAUCUACUCGAUGACGGUCCGGUUGUCCGCGUUGUUCGCGGCGCUUUGGGAGGCGCACGUGCCCGCCGCCGCCUCCGCUUCCGGCUCCGCCACGCGCGUGACGCGCCGCGCUCGCCGCAAACGCAUCGAGUCACACGCAGAGAGCAUGAACGGCGACGUGGUCUCGGGGCCGGCGUCCCCCGGGCUGCAGUCGGACAGCUGCAGCUCGGGCUCGGAGCCCCUCGCCGCGCUCGCGCAGGCGCGCCUGCAGCACCCGGCCUCCUCGGACAGCGACGUGCCACUCCGGGCGCACAGGAAAGGUAAAGGAGUGGGCAAAAAGACAAAGAUAGCGAACGGUCACGUGCCGACCGCGUCACCGGAGCCCGGGCCCGCGUAUGAGAGAGACACCUACAUACCGUCUCCCAAUGGAUUAUCAUCAUCGUCCACGGAGCAGAUAGAAGUGGAACAGUUGUCGAUACCGGCCGACGACGCGUCGUUAACUUACGACGACGAUUCACCCGCACAUGAACCUAGUCCAGAGAUAGAAGUGGAACAGUUGUCGAUACCGGCGGACGACGCGUCGUUAACUUACGACGACGAUUCACCCGCACAUGAACCUAGUCCAGAGGUGAGCUCUGUCAUUAUCAACACUUUAUACUUACCAUCCUCUAACGGUUUAUCAUCGUCCACGGAGCAGAUAGAAGUGGAACAGUUGUCGAUACCGGCCGACGACGCGUCGUUAACUUACGACGACGAUUCACCCGCACAUGAACCGAGUCCAGAGUUCCGUCCGCACGCGCGGCGCAAGCGAGCGCGGGGCUCCGACAGCGCGCCCUCCCCGCCGCGCCGCGCCCCGCACCCGCACCGCCACCGCCACCGCCACCGGAACAAGCUGCCCAAGCGGACACGAGAGAGGUUCACAGACGGUUCUUCGCAGUCCAGCUCAUCCAAUUCCGAGCAUUCGCCAGAGAGAGACGGGCAGCGUCGCUACGAGUCCGACCACUCGUACCACCCGCGCUGCUCUAGCGACGACGAACCGCUUCAGCGAUACAGAGAAAGACAAGAAAACGACGCGUCACAAGGAGAACACUCGGGCACGAGUAGAUCGAGGCCUUCGCACAGUCGGAGAGGCGGCGUGAAGCUACGAAUUCGCAGGCCGGCGAUAUAUAACGAAGACAGCGAGGAAGACUCGGCAGCCGCUAUCAGUAAACGCGCGCCGCAUCAUUCGCGCGCCACGCCGCACCAUCAGCGGAGGAGGCACCACGCGGCACAGAGUGCAGCCACAGAGGCCGCUAUGGAGGCCGGGGCCCUGCUGCUGCGGCGCUCGGCCGGCGCGAGCGCGCCCGCCAUCGCCGACCACGACUACGUCAACUCGACCAGCCAGCCCCACGACCACCACAACGGCCACGCAUCAAGCUCUCGGUCGGAGGCCCCCGCGGUGUCCAUAUCGUCGCGAGGCCGCGUGCGCAAGCUCACCGCCAAGGCCAGGGGCCUGCUGCGGGAGUGAACACCACACUAACUU